GUAACCAUCUUAAACAUCUUGUGUGUGCGUGCAUAGAAAUUUUGAUAUGAACUCUGCACAGUAAACCUGAAUGUAUAGCUCUUUUCUAAAAGCUGGCUAGAGGAGCUAAUCUUUGAACAGGUGUGGCUGAGCAGCCGCCUAAAGGCAAAUAUUUGAUGAUCAAGUGACGUCUAACGUAAAAUGAAGGCUACUGCAGUGGGCAGGGCUGCAGCAGUCAUCUCAUUAUAAAUUUGGUUAUUCAACAUGUUCUAGUUCUCAUUGACUUUUAGCUUAUACAGCGUUUGUUUUAUAAUUUAUCCUUCUUUUAUGUCUGUGUUUGUUUUAUUAUAUUACAAAUUAGCCUACCAAACGAAUUGUCGAGCUCAGGGGAUCCUAUUACAGAUGACGUCAUGCUCUGCCAGUCAGGAGGAAGAACGAGGAAGAGUGGACACAUUGAUGGCCUUAAUAAUGCAAUACAAUAAAAAUACAACUGAAACCCAAAGGAGCAAAUUGGCAGACAGAUCACGAUGGAAUGAAAAGUGUGACAACUAGCCCCGCUCUCCCAUAUAGGUUUAAGAAUUUCUCACACUCAAGGCUUAUUUUGCACUGUAAAUUCAUAUUGAGCCAGUCUAUUGUGACAACCCUGCAAGCUUUUACAUAUUGCCUUUAGUAUUUGAAGAACCAUGGAAUUCCAGUUCCAAUUAGCCAAAAUAGAAGUUCCAGUUCCAGUUCCAGUUCCAGUAGAACCUAGAAAAACAGACCCCCUAAUAAAAUGCAUCAAAGACAACAAGUCAAAGAAAUUCCGCAAAUUAAUAGGAGGCAGGGACAUCAAUGGUCUUUACGCUUCUGAAGACUUGAAUGAUGAUAUCACCCUACUGACAGCAGCGGUUGUAUAUAGGAAAGAUGUUUUUUGUUUUUAUCUGCUUGAAAAUUCUGCUGAUCCCAACAAACACUCAACAAAAGGACUAGCUCCGCUUCACUAUGCUGCAAUUACACCUGGAGUUCCAUUGAGUAUUGUGAAACGAAUACUUGCAGCAAAAGCUAAUCCAAAUGGACAUAAAUUACAGAUUUUUACUCCAUUUCAAUACGCUGUUGAUUAUGGCCGUGAAGACAUUGUGAAAGCACUAAUAGAAGCUGGAGCUUCAGCUGUAAUGAACUAUGGAAGGAAUCCACCACUUGAUAAAAAAGUGGACAACAUGUCCAGUCGAUUAUCAAUACAGAGGGAAGAUUUUGAGAAAGUGCAGAUAUUUCUCUCUUUUUCUCAUGCUGUCACAAAGAACGACCAGAGAGAAGUUUUCAAAUCCUUUGAGAAACAUUUCUUUAAAGAGCACCCUGUAUUUCAUACAAUUCUGUUUGAAGGGUACUUUGGUGUCAUUGGUCAAGGUGCUGAGAUGUAUUGUCAGAGUGCCAUCAAGUGGUUAAAAGAGACUAAGAGUGCAGACAGAUACAUUAAGGAAAUCAUCAAGCGCUUUCCAAGAAUACCUCAGGAGAAUUGUGUGGUUGCACUAAACUGCUUAAAUGCUGCUUUGUGUGUCAUUGAAAGAAUUUCUUCUGAGGUAUUCAGUGAGCUUGUGCCAGUUCUGACAAACAGUUUCCAGCACUUUGCAAACCCACAAGGAGAAAUUGUCAAUCAUAUGAUACUAAAAAUACUCAAUGUCAUGAUGCAAAAGACCUCUGAUCAAAAACUGAGUACAAACCAUUUUGUCUAUGAGAAGUUAUCCAAAGAUCUGUUGCCUCUCACAGAUGCUAAUUAUUCAAGUCUAAUUGGAGUUUGGACCUAUGGAUUGUUUGCCUAUAUAUAUGACUUUGCUCCAGAAAUUGUUGGAAUGUCUGGAUUGCCCUUAGUACCAGAGAGGAUACUUUGCUCUGCAGAGCUAGAGAUGGAUGAAGUCAUGAAAAAAAAGCUGCAGAAGUUGAACUUAUCACUCAGACAUCCAACGGGUUCAAGUGCUGUGGAUAGUUUAUUUGAGGAGAAUGAUGCUGCUCCUCCAACAUGCAGGAAAAAGAAGAAAAAGAAGAAGAAAAAACUCCAGCAAGAGGUGGCGUCACAAGAAGGGGAGCAGCGAGAUGCAAAGACUCCCAUAGAGGAGACAAAUUCAAGUGUGCAUCCAUUCGAACUGCCUAUUGAGAAUCUACCAGUGCCAAGAAAGUGGAAUCCAAUUAGUCGUCGCUGGAGGGAACAUUUUGAGAAACUUGCUAAAAUUGAUGCCAGUAAAACCAUUAGACUAGGAAGUCUUACUCUUGUACUCAAUGCUGAAUUUCAGAUUGCUAAAGGAAGUGACGGAACAGAAGUUUUUCUUGGUCUGAGGGAUGACGGCUUAGAGGUAGCUGUGAAACGAAUGAUUAAGUCUAAUUACCAAAUCCUAAAAAACGAGGAGGUAUUUUUAAGACUUCCACAACUUGAUAGUCCCUCCAUUGUGCGAUAUGUAGACUUUGCAGAAGAUGAAAAUUUUGGAUACCUUGUCCUACAGCUAUGUGAGUACACUCUGGAAGAGUACAUCGAAGGACACUUACCAGCUGAAAGUGGUGAGAUGGCUGAUGUUUUGAAGAAGCUUGUGAAGGAAGUGCUCUGCAGCUUACAGGUUUUACACAGCCAAGAUACCAAAGUGCUCCAUCGGGAUAUCAAACCCCAGAAUGUUCUGAUUGACAUAAAUGGAAAAGCUAGAUUGGCUGAUUUUGGCAUAAGUCGUCGACUCAACCUAAGCCAAACCACUUUACGAACAGGCAUUGCUGGAACUAGAUUCUGGAAGGCAAAGGAAACCAUAGAUGAGGAGAGCAACAGUGGGUACAAAAGGAGUUCUGACAUUCAGGUUGCUGGGAUGUUAGUGUACUACAUUCUCUCUAGAGGGCACCAUCCAUUUGGCAAAGGUCUCUUUUGUGAAGUCAACAUUCUCCAAGGAAAAUACUCAUUGGAACACCUGGAUGAUGAUGUGGCGAAAGAUCUUGUUGAGUGGAUGAUUAAUGAAAAUCCAAAAGACAGACCAACUGUGGAGCAGACUCUUGCACACCCCUUCUUCUGGACUGAUGACAGGAGACUGGAGUACCUGAAAAAAUUGGGUAAUCAGACUGAGGCUGAGAACUGUCGCAAUGCUGACGAGGAUCUCCUUCAUGCCAUUGAAAAAUACACCGAGGGGAAAACCUUUUCUGAAUGGAAAACUAAAUUGCCAUCUGAGUUUGUUCAGAAACUGGAUGGAAAGAAGAAAGCCUAUCCUGAGAACACACUGGGCCUGCUGCGAUUUGUGCGCAACCUGCAUGAGCAUUAUCCAGAGGAUGCAGAGUAUAUCAACUUGAUGAAGAUAUUCCCUGAUCUCUUUGGCAGUGUGUUCAGGUUUGCCAAGGAGAGAGGAUGGAACUCCAGGGCGAGUCUGAAAAAGUUCUUCAGUACAGUUCCACAGAUUUAAUUUUUGAUUACAUAUGACCGUUGAUUCCGCCUGUAUGGCUCAUUCUCAGCAAGCCAUUUGUGCUUGAAAAUUUCUGGAAAAAAUGUUUUACUUCAUGUACAACUUCCUUAUGGCGAGUUUAGGCAUUUAUAGCUCAAAUUAUUGUAAGCUUUGUCUAUCAUCUACUACAUCAUGUUAAGUUUUCCAUACAUUGUGUACACCAUCUACUGGAUGGAUAUUUUGCAAAUACUCCUCAACAAGGAUUUCCUACAUAUAUUGCAUCUACUGCAGAUAAAUUUCACCAUUCACUUGUGCAUGUUUCAUUGUUUUUGGUGCAUGUUUCUUUUUUUUCUUUUUUCUUUUUUACAUUGAUAUUCAUGGUUACUUGUUUGCACCUUUCACACUUGUUUUCAAAGCCUCUUAGCAUUUCUGAUGCAGUUAUAUUUUGCUUAUUGAAAUAACAGAACAGAAAGACAUUUAUAGAAACAUGAUUAUUGUGUGUUUUUUUAAGUUCAUCUUUUGUUUAUUGCUGUCAUUCAGUCCUAUUGACAUAAGGCAUUCAAUAAAUCAUAAUAUAAAACUCU